CGUGAUUGGACGGCCAGACUCCUGCUGCUGCUCAUGUGAGAAGGUGGAGAAACAUAUGCAAUGCAUGUGGAAUCUUCUUUUCGCCACAUGGAAAACGUAGGUAAAUACCGUAAGCUUGCGCAAGUAUCCGUACCGUACCUACCGUACCUCACCAAUCAGACUUGCCAUCUUGCCAAAUAGUAUAAGCCAAACGUACUCCGUACUUUUGAAGGAAAAAAGGGGGAAAAAAGAAAAAAAGACUAAAACUCCACAUUUGUCUUACAAUGGCGGAGAGCCAGAAUGCAGAGGACCACGGUAGGCGACAGAGGUUGGCUGGUUGGCUAUAGGAAUGUCUCUAUGUAUGUAAUACGUCGAUCCUCAGGUACUUCAAAAAAAUCUUUGGAAUCAUUGUUUCCCUCUUCAUUCACCGCUGUAACCUCAGCAUGCAGGGCACAGCAAGGAAGGGAAAACUGGGAAAGAGCGUCUGGUGGAGAAAGGGAAAAGGGGGUCCCUGUUCUCCGUUCCACAGUCAUCGACAAUCCUGUAUGGAAAACCAUUUGUUCAGAUCCGAGGGCUUGCAUUGGGAAAAGAGAGCCAACCGCUUUGAAAUGGAAAAGCGGUUGUGGCAACCUUUUCCCCAGCAGCACUACAGAAUGCGGAAAGGACCGUGGUCUGAGGUUACACUGUUUCUUUUGUUUCUUCUUGAAGAGAUGAGUAGCGGUGAGAUGAUCCAUCUUCCCAGUCUAUAGGGCUGUGAUUUUCCGAAGAACACUUCGUAUCACCAGAAUGGGGCUACUAGGCAGUUGCGCUGCGACGACAAUGUUACUGGUUUUAGUAAAGUCGAUAUGGGGAGGACCGGUUUACUGCAAGCUUCUAGUGGCAGUAGGAGACUCCGCCCAAGUCAAUGCUCAGCUACUUCGAGACAUAUUUACAAAGAGAUUGUGGUUAACACUCGAUGCAGUUGGGCAAUGCAAUGGAGCGGCCCCAGAGCACAUCACGUUCCAAGUGGCACCACACAAUUUUGAAUUUUAAGUGAUUAUAAUAUAUACUAAAAACUAGUCUGCAGAAAUGCCAAGUGUGGCCUCGUUGUUGUAGGAGAUUUACCCAAGUCCUUGAUGGACAUCAUCAUGAGUAUUUGUAUUCCCUUUGAAGAACGGAAAAUAAAACUCCCAAAUCAUAUUGUCGCCAUAGUGACUGUGU